UUUUCUCCCGUUAAAAUAUAGCUAUUACUUUUCCGUAAAAUUAUAUAAUAAUAAGUAUAAUAAAGAACAAGUAAUCACUUUCCAAAGCUGAAGUUUAAAUCCAUUUUUAAAAAAACGCUCGAAGCGCCCCACAGCGGAGAAUUAUAACAAAAUGGAGGAUUCUAUUUUCGGCGACUUGAAUCUGCCUUCUAUGCCUGGAAUAAAAUCUUCGUGUGAAGCUGAACUUUUGAAGCUAAUAGCUGAAAUCAAUCUUGUUGUGUCCAAAAAGUAUCAGAUAUGGAAAAAAGAACUUGAAGUAGUAAAAUCAAACUUAAAUUCUCAAAAACAAGAGAAUGAAUUUUUGAAAGCUGCUUUGAAAUCCAGCCAGAAUGAGAUAGAGGAACUCAGAGAUCAUAUACAUACAUUGGAGAAUUCACAAGUUGAUUUGAAAAAAAAGUAUGAAAAUGAACUUUCAGAAUUAAGAAAUGAGGUAAAAAAGUUGAAUUCUGCAAGAGCUGUUCAAACACCAGCAUCCAAAAGUGAUGUCUAUUAUGCUUAUAAACAGAUUUCUCCUGAUAAAAAUGAUGCUGGGAUCCCGGCUGUAUUUUUAACCCGGGAAAUCUUUCUCAUCCCAAUGACAUUAAAAAGAAAAACUAAUGUCCUAAGCAGAAUUUAGAGCUGAAAUAGCUGAAUGUUUAGGUAGAAUGGGACAAUCAGACAUGCCAAGAAAAAGAGGAAGGCUUUCUCAAGAUAUGGAAAAUAACAAGAGAAGAAAGAGAUUGGCAACAA